AUGCCGCUCAGCGUCAGCUUCAAGCUCUCUGGGUCUGGCGGUAGCACGUUCUCGCUGGACCUCGAGCCCUCGAUGACGAUACUGGACGUUAAGAACCUGGCAAAGCCCAAGUGCAACAUAGAGCCGGCGCAGAUGAAGAUCAUCUACAAGGGCCGCAUCCUGAAGGACGCGGAGACGCUCGAGAGCCACAAGGUGGAGUCCGGCAACACCAUGCACGUGGUCAAGUCCGCACCCAGCGCAGGGACGCCCGCCGAGGGCGGGGCCGCCACGACCCCUGCUGCGACACCCGCGGCGGCCCCGGCCCCCGCUGCGACACCUGCGGCGGCGCCCAUGGGCGGCGCGGACCCCAUGGCCGGCCUGGGCGGCCUGGGCGGCAUGGGCGGCAUGGGCGGCAUGGACCCCGCCAUGAUGCAGGCCGCCAUGCAGAUGAUGGGCGGCAUGGGUGGCGCGCUGGGCGCAGGACCGGGGGCAGCUCCCGGGGGCGGCAUGGGUGGCAUGGGCGGCAUGGGCGGCAUGGGCGGCAUGCCCGGCUUGGGCGGCGCGGGCGGCAUGGACCCAGCGAUGAUCCAGCAGAUGCUGCAGAACCCGAUGAUCCAGCAGAUGAUGCAGAACCUGUCCCAGAACCCGCAGAUGCUGCAGCAGAUGAUCCAGAACAACCCGAUGCUACAGCAGAUGGCGCAGAGGGACCCGAUGUUCGCCCAGAUGGUGCAGAACCCACAGGUGAUGCAGGCCAUGUUCAACCCGCAGAUGCUCCAGGCCGUCAUGCAGAUGCAGACCGCCAUGCAGGGCGCCGGGGCCCCGGCGGGCGGCGCUCCGGCGCCCGGGGCCACGACGCCCGCGGCCGCUCCGCCCAACCCCAUGGGCGGCAUGGACCCUGCGAUGAUGCAGGCUGCGAUGCAGGCCAUGAUGGGCGGCGGCAUGGGCGGCAUGGGCGGCGGCAUGGGCGGCAUGGGCGGCUUCCCGGGCGCCCCCCCCGCGGCCGACGACGGGAGGCCGGCGGAGGAGCGCUUCGCGACGCAGCUCGAGACGCUGGCGGGCAUGGGCUUCACGGACCGGCCGUCCAACAUCCAGGCGCUGCAGAUGGCCAACGGCGACGUCAACCAGGCCAUCAACUUCCUGCUCGGCCAGUAG